CGCUCGGCGGAGAGGACGAAGGGGAGGGGGAAGUGCUUCCGGGGAAACGGGCCCCGGGUUGGUGUUUGUAAACUUGCCUCGGUCCCGGCGGGGGCAGCGACGGCGGCGGGGUUGGCACUGUAUGCUGGGGUUUGGAGGAGGCGCCGCGCAGCGGGGAAGACAGCGAGAGGCCGCGCCUGGCAGGUUUCUGGAACACAUCAGGAGCUUCAUCAAGAGAAUUUAACUGGAAAACCAAGACAGUCUUUGCUUUCUUCAAACAAUAGGCAGAAACCAGACAGAAACUAGGGAUUCUUGAAACACCUGUUUUCCCUUCAGAGGACACUUAAGUUCUUUUGGAAGACAAACGCAGGUCAAUAUGGCAGCAGGACUGAAAGGACAUGGAGCUAUUACCGUGAUUUGGUGACAGUUCUUCAAACAGCAGAGUCUUAAGGAAAGCUGGUUCAAGGAACUCCUGAACUUUUGGGUUCCAUUAAGUGAAAAAUCAGCAUGGCUCAGGUAAAAAGCUCUAGAGUCCUCCUUCAAGAUCACUGGGAAGCCUGUUUGCAGAUUCACUCUUGAAUGCUGCCUUAGUCAACAAUAUUGACCAACCCCAGUGAGCCAAGCUCUGUAUUAAGCACCAGGGGGAAAUCUAGAGGAAGGAAAGGAGACAGGCCACAGCCCCUGCCUUCAGGGAGCUUCCAGUCAAAUGAAGGAGGCAAGUCUGCUGGCUUGUGAAGGCCUGGCAGGAGUGAGUUUGGUCCCUACUGCAGCCAGCAAGAAGAUGAUGCUCAGCCCAAUCGCCAACAAGCAAACUGAGAAUGGCGAGCGGGCAGGCAGCCCUGAUGUGUUGAGGUGCUCAAGCCAGGGCCACCGAAAAGACAGUGAUAAGUCCCGGAGCCGCAAAGAUGAUGACAGCUUGGCUGAGGCCUCUCAUUCAAAAAAGACUGUUAAAAAGGUGGUGGUAGUGGAACAAAAUGGUUCUUUCCAAGUAAAGAUUCCAAAAAAUUUUAUUUGUGAGCACUGCUUUGGAGCCUUUAGGAGCAGUUAUCACCUGAAGAGGCACAUCCUUAUUCACACUGGUGAAAAACCAUUUGAGUGUGAUAUUUGUGAUAUGCGCUUCAUCCAGAAGUACCACCUGGAACGCCACAAGCGUGUACACAGUGGUGAAAAGCCUUACCAGUGUGAACGAUGUCAUCAGUGUUUUUCUCGGACAGAUCGAUUACUCAGACACAAACGGAUGUGCCAAGGGUGUCAGUCCAAGACUUCCGACGGGCAGUUUUCUCUAUAGGUGCAAAGGGGCCCUGGGUGGUGGGAGUGAUCAGAAGAACCUACUGAAGAAUGCACCCUCUCUGGUCUGAUGGUCCCACCACCACCUCAUCUGACCUGUCCCCCUCCUGGCAGAGUGGACCCAGGAGGCCAGAAGAAUGCUUCGGGGGACAGUGACUCCAGAGCCUGUGCUCUGUAAAUAAUCUGAGACUAUGAGUAUCUCGGCAAGUUCCUACGGCAUUCCUGGGUGUAAGGGAGCUAGUCCCUGGACCCUUGGCUGAGGUCAUAGAUGGGGACUUAAUGGUGUAGGACCAAGACUAAAGUGUGGCUCCCACAACAUUGGACUCCAGCUGGCAGCUGAAGUGGAAAAAAUUGGGGAAAGGAGUUUGUUGUCUUCUUUUUGUUUUGUUUUGUUUAUCCAAAAGCCUCUUUAGGUUCAGCAGGUAAACUGUAGAUGCAGGUAAUCUGGAGGCAUAAAGUCCUGGUCCAAAGUAGGGACUAUAGUUGCCCUCUCCCCAAAUUGAGUUUUUAGUUGCAGUAGAUCUCAGUAUUCCACAGACCUGCAUCUCAUCUCCUUUUUGAGGGAGAAUAGGAUCAGGGAUGGCAGCCGAACUUAAGUUGGCCUUCAUAUACACUGUAGAAACAAAAGGAAAACUGGGAAGAGCAGACAAGGGCUGGAUCCAAGAAGAGUGGGCAGUACCUCUUACCUCCUCAGAAGAGCAAGAGUUGUGCCCAUGGGUGUUGUAAUGGCCUGUGCCACACUGGUACCCGAUAAGGUCAGCUCAAGUGCCUUUUGGAGGAAACUUGGGUGAGAGGGAUCGACAAAGCCCUUUCCUUCUCUCUGGGCCAUUGGUCUUGGAUGUGGUUUGUGGCUACCUCACUGUCAUUGACUCCUAAAGCCAGACAGAGAUGUUGAGCAAGGAGUCAUUUUCAAAGGAGUUCUCUCCUUGUACCGUCUUAGAGACAACCCAGGACUAGUCCCAAGUUGGCUUACAGCUAUUUAGGAAACAAAUUUGGCAGCCCUUGACCAUCUGCUGAGCAGUAGGUACAGUUCUUCCUGCCAAGUCCUAUCACUGUAUUCAGGUAAAGGAGGUAGGGAUGUGGCCUUUGGCCUCAAAAAACAAGAACUUGGCCACCUCUUUAGCAGCUGUCGCACCCAGCAAAGAAUGGGGCAUGAAGAGUGUUGCAGAGAAAGGACCAGAGGGGAAAACCUAAUGUGGGUUUUAUUCUUAAUCAUAUUCUUUGUUCCUCUCUGCUCCAAAACCACCACCAUGUCCCCCCAAGAAAAGUGAUCAGGUGUUUGUAUGGAACAUGAGUGUUCUUAUCUGUAUGCUUGGAGAUACAAAAGGAACCAGACCCUUCUCUGGCCCUUGGCCUAAGGGAGAUGAACAUUAAACAGCUGCCUCCCACCCACACCUGAAAGGAGCUUGAGGUGCCAGCAGGAGCUGAAGAAUUCAUUUAGGGAGCAGAAGAGCUUUGUUCAAUAAGGCUUUUUUCAGAUCAGUACAUCAGGCUAGUUGGGUGGGUGUUUAUGACCCAAACCAGAACUUGCGUGUGUGAGUUUUCUAAGAUGAAAUAAAAGACCCUCUUUCUUCCUACUAAAAAAAAAAAAAAAAAAGGAUCCUUAUAACAGGUUCCAGUGUUUGGUUGACCUCCCCCUAUGGCUUACCCUCACAGGUGAUGUGGGGGACUGUCCUAAGAGUAAUCAUGGAGACUGGUUAAACCUGAGCCCCAAACUCUUGAUGGUAUCUGAAAUGGCACCAGGAAGUAUGAUUCAUCGCCUAGAAAAUGUAGGGAAUAGGCAACAGCAGUGAACUCCUGGCUCUACCAUUCUAGGGAUUCGUAAGGGUAGAGAAGAGAUCAUUCCUCUGAGGGAGAAAUAUUUCAGAGAAGAGUGGAGGAGAUGUGGUAUCCUUUAUAGCUUGUCUCUGAUGGUAUCUGAGCUCCUUUGGAGGAGACGCUGAGGAAUGUUUGCUGCCAUGUGUUCUAGCUUUAUGUUGACACUCCUAUUUAAUGUCCACAAUCUACACCCUGGUUCUUGGAUCCGCUUGUGGUCCUUGUAAGCAGGGGCAUAUGUCUGCAAGUGAGCCAGCCCCCUUCCUAUUAGAGGGCUCUGCUAAGGCUAUGGUUCUGUCGUUCAACUCUGGGAAGGAGGAUAACUGAGAAAGUUAUUCUCCCAAAAGUGCUUUUGAAAGUAGGAGCCCUUAGGGCUGGGGAUUUAGCUCAGCAGCAUAAGCACCUGCCUUGCAAGCAGGCAGUCGUGAGUUCGAUCCCCAGUACCAAUUAAAAAAAAAGAAAGAAAGUAGAAGCCCUGUCCCUGCCACUUAGAACUGAUCUUUCUGGGAUGGUGGGUGUGUGAAGAGAAUCAUGAGUGACUUGUACCCCUAAGUAUAUGAAUGUGCUGAGUCCGAGUGUGCUCCCGAGGACGUCAACUUCCUGCCUUGGUGGAUGGGUAGAGCUUCUGAGCAUGCGUGUAAAUGGCUGUACCAGUGCUGGCCCUGCCAAGGCUCAGGAGCAGAUGAUUAGUCCAGUUCAGGUGCUGAUGUUCUGGGGCAAUGGGUGUGUGAGGAGACCCAGGAGCUCCCACUUCUACCCCAGAGAACCCACAGACCAGGACCACCCUUCCUUAGCUGGAAAGAUGCCUUAGCGGGUGUUUGGAGUGCAGAGAAGUGAAGCCAGGGCAGCCUCUGAGAGCAGGACAUGCAGCUGGGGGGCCUGGGAAAGAUAGUGCCCAUUUCUGGGUGGAUUCCUGUACCAGGCCCAACCAGCUGUGCCCUUCCCAGCACACUAUCUUUUUUCUUUUCUUUUCUUUUCUUUUGUCUGCAGCAGCCUCUUGUCAUCACUUAGCUACUGAUGUGCCCCAUGGCUUGGUAUUGGAGAGGUUAAAUGAGUGGAGCCCACCACAACUUUUAACUCUCCCAGAUGCUCUUUGCCUCUGCUGUGGCCCUGGAGCUUUUGUCUUCAAGAAUUCCCCUUUACCCUCCCUCUCCACCUUUUUCUUUUUUUAAUAUACUUAUUUUGCUAUGGGGGAAGGGACUGUUAAAUGAACAGGAUCACUUUUAAAUGGUAGUUUUUAUAAGAUGUUAUAAACUUGUAUCUUUUUACUAUUAAAGUGCAGUGUACGUUCCUUCGUGAUAUAUUUAGGAUAUUUAAAUAAAAAGAGGGGGGCUUUUCUACAUUCCA